UUACCUUUCUCUUCUAUGCUGUCUCUAUGCCAUGGCAACAAAAAGAAACUCAAUUUGCUUUCCAGGGUUUAAGAAAUCCAAAGUAAAACACAUUUGAAAUUUCCUUUCCUCCAUUUUUUGUGGAGCUUUUAGUUACUGUCUUUUAGUUUCUGGAGGUACCAUGGACACUGGUGACAUUUGCAGAGUUACGAGCAUCCACAGAAAUCGAAGUGGCUCUGGAUUCUGGAGCAGUUCAAGCAACAAUGUCUUCUCACAAUCUCCUCGAAACAGAGAUGAUGAAGACGACAAAGAAGCUCUUAAAUGGGCAGCCCUUGAGAGACUGCCAACAUUUGAUCGCAUCAAGAAAGCAAUAGUCACUGGAACUGAUGGGGAGAAAAAGGAAGUUGAUAUUCAGAACCUUGGGAUUCAAGAGAAGAAGAACUUAGUAAACAGACUGGUAAGAGUUGCAGAGGAGGACAAUGAGAACUUCCUACUCAAGCUCAAGAAUCGAAUGGAACAGGUGGGAAUAGAGGAUCCAAGAAUAGAAGUUCGGUUUGAACAUCUGAACAUAGGAGCACAAGCAUAUGUGGGUAGUCGAGGUCUGCCUACAAUGCUCAACUUCUAUCUCAACAUUGUAGAGGAGUUCUUCACCUCUCUCCAUAUUCUCCAAAGCAGAAAGAAACCAUUGCCAAUUCUUCAAGAUGUACAUGGAAUCAUCAAGCCCGGCAGAAUGACUUUGCUUUUAGGCCCCCCCGGCUCCGGAAAGACUACUUUACUGUUAGCUUUGGCAGGAAAGUUUGAUUCACAAUGGAAGGUGUCAGGAAAUAUAACAUAUAAUGGACAUGGAAUGGAGGAGUUUGUCCCACAGAGGACAUCAGCCUAUAUUAGUCAACAGGAUCUCCAUAUUGCAGAGAUGACAGUGAGAGAAACCUUGGCCUUCUCUGCAAGAUGUCAAGGGGUUGGAACCCGUUAUGACAUGUUGAUAGAGAUGUCGAGAAGGGAGAAGGCAGCAAACAUUAAGCCUGAUCCAGACAUUGAUGCCUUCAUGAAGGCUGCUUCACUGGAGGGACAGAAGGAAAAUGUUGUUAUAGACUACAUUCUCAAGAUUUUGGGUUUAGAAGUUUGUGCAGAUACCAUGGUGGGGAAUGACAUGAUAAGGGGUAUAUCUGGAGGGCAAAGAAAACGUGUUACCACAGGUGAGAUGCUUGUGGGGCCUGCAAAAGCAUUGUUCAUGGAUGAGAUAUCCACAGGCUUGGACAGCUCUACAACCUACCAGAUUGUGAAUUCACUCAGACAGGCCACCCACAUUCUAGGUGUAACCACAUUGGUUGCUCUCCUUCAGCCAGCACCUGAAACUUAUGACCUCUUUGAUGAUAUAAUUCUUCUCUCUGAAGGACAGAUAGUUUAUGAAGGUCCUCGGGAUAAUGUUCUUGAGUUUUUUGAAUCAAUGGGCUUCAAAUGUCCUGAGAGGAAAGGAGUAGCAGAUUUCUUGCAAGAAGUAACAUCAAUAAAAGAUCAGCAGCAAUACUGGGUUCACAAAGACAAACAAUACUCUUACGUUUCUGUCAAGGAGUUUGCAGAUGCAUUCAAGUCAUUUCAUAUUGGCCAGAAGUUAGGGGAGGAACUCAGCACCCCAUUCAACAAAAGCAAGAGCCACCCUGCAGCAUUAACAAUUUCGAAGUAUGGGAUUAGCAAGAAAGAGUUGUUGAAAGCUUGUUGCUCAAGGGAAUGGCUGCUAAUGAAGAGGAAUUCAUUCGUCUUCGUCUUUAGAGUUAUGCAAGUAAUCGUUGUUGCAUUCAUCACAAUGACUGUGUUCCUGCGUACCAAGAUGAAACGAGACACAAUAAUUGAUGGGAGAAUUUUCAUGGGUGCUUUGUUCUUCACACUCAAUACUAUAUUGUUAAAUGGUUUGCCUGAGCUUGCAAUGACAAUUGCAAAGCUUCCAGUCUUUUACAAGCAAAGAGACUUACUUUUCUAUCCUGCUUGGGCAUAUGCACUGCCUACAUGGAUACUUAAGAUCCCCAUAUCGUUCUUGGAAGUUGCCAUUUGGGUUGGCAUGGCUUACUACGCAAUUGGCUUUGAUCCAAAUAUUCAAAGGAUGUUUAAACAAUAUCUUAUACUCCUACUGAGUAGCCAGGUCGCCUCUGCAUUGUUCCGACUAGUCGCAGCGCUGGGUAGAAACAUGGUUGUCUCCUACACCUAUGGAUCCUUUCUAUUGCUUAUGAUCAUGACACUUGGUGGAUUCAUCCUGUCAAGAGAGGAUGUGAAGAAAUGGUGGAUCUGGGGUUACUGGAGCUCACCUAUGACCUAUGCUCAAAAUGCGAUUAACGUUAAUGAAUUUCUUGGGCAUAGUUGGAGUCAUAUUUUGCCAUAUUCAGCUGAACCCCUGGGAAUUGAAGUAUUGAAGUCACAGGGAAACUUUACCAGUUCAUCACUGUUUUGGAUUGGCACCGGAGCAUUGAUUGGAUAUAUUCUCUUAGUCAAUGCUAGUUUCACUCUAGCACUUGGUAACCUCAACCAGAUAGGAAAAUCUAAAACAAUGAUAUCUGAGGAGGCCUUGAAAGAAAAGCAUGCCAACAGGAUUGGAGAGACUGAAGAUAUUGAACUGUCAUAUAGAGGAAAGAGAUCUUCCAAUCAAUCAACAGCAAGUCAAUCGGGUAAUGAGAUCGAAAGGAGCAGUAUUACUUCAGGACCAAAUAGAAAAGAAGCCCUGGCUGAAAAUAGUCAGAAGAAUAAAGGAAUGGUUCUUCCAUUUACACCUUUAUCAGUCACCUUUGAUGAUAUUAAAUACUCCGUUGACACGCCACAGGUAAUGAAAGCUCAAGGUGUUCAAGAAGAUAGAUUAGUCCUUCUGAAUGGUGUAAGUGGAAGUUUCAGACCAGGAGUUUUAACAGCUCUAAUGGGUGUUAGUGGUGCUGGUAAGACCACUCUGAUGGAUGUGUUAGCCGGAAGAAAAACUGGUGGGUACAUAGAAGGAAAUAUCACCAUUUCUGGCUAUCCCAAGAAGCAGGAAACUUUUGCUCGAGUUUCGGGGUACUGUGAACAAAAUGACAUCCAUUCCCCAUGUGUCACUGUUCAUGAGUCUCUCCUCUAUUCUGCAUGGCUUCGGUUAUCUACUGAAGUUGACUCCAGAACAAGAAAGCUGUUUAUUGAGGAAGUCAUGGAACUUGUAGAGUUAACAUCACACAGAGGAGCACUAGUUGGGUUGCCAGGUGUGAGUGGUCUGUCCACUGAACAGCGCAAGAGACUCACCAUUGCUGUUGAGCUUGUUGCUAAUCCCUCUAUAAUAUUUAUGGAUGAGCCUACCUCUGGACUGGAUGCCAGGGCAGCUGCAAUUGUAAUGAGAACAGUGAGGAACACUGUGGACACAGGAAGAACUGUUGUUUGCACCAUUCACCAGCCUAGCAUUGACAUAUUUGAAGCCUUUGAUGAGCUCUUCCUAAUGCAGCGAGGAGGAGUAGAAAUAUAUGUGGGUCAACUGGGCCAUCACUCUUGUCAAUUGAUAAAGUAUUUCGAGGGGAUCUGUGGAGUCCCAAAAAUAAAAGAUGGUUAUAACCCUGCCACAUGGAUGUUGGAGGUCACUACACCAGUACAAGAGGAGACUCUGGGGAUCAAAUUUGCUGAAAUAUACAAGAACUCAGAUCUCUUCUGGAGGAAUAAGGCAUUGAUUAGAGAACUUAGUACACCCCCUCCUGGUUCAAAAGAUCUUUACUUCCCCUCUCAGUAUUCUCAACCCCUCUUCACCCAGUGUGUUGCAUGCCUGUGGAAACAACACAAGUCCUAUUGGCGGAAUCCAUCGUAUACAGCUGUUCGACUUCUUUUCACCACCAUCAUUGCCUUAAUGUUUGGUACAUUGUUCUGGAAUCUUGGCUCCAAGACGACUAAGGUGCAAGACCUGUUCAAUGCGAUGGGUUCCAUGUAUACUGCAGUUCUUUUCAUUGGAAUUAUAAAUGCUUCAUCAGUGCAGCCGGUAGUGGCUGUAGAACGUACAGUCUUCUAUAGGGAGAAGGCCGCUGGGAUGUAUUCUGCUUUACCAUAUGCAUUGGCACAAGUUUUAAUUGAGGUUCCACAUAUCUUCCUCCAGGCUCUGAUUUAUGGGGUGCUAGUUUAUGCCAUGAUCGGUUUUGAUUGGACAGUGCCUAAAUUCUUCUGCUACCUGUUCUACAUGUAUUUAACAUUCCUAUACUUCACAUACUAUGGUAUGAUGGCAGUUGGCUUGACACCCAACCAUGACAUUGCUGCUGUAGUUUCCUCUGCUUUCUACGCAUUAUGGAAUCUCUUCUCAGGCUUCAUCAUCCCACCAAAAAGACUUCCAGUAUGGUGGAAAUGGUACCGAUGGGCAUGUCCAGUUUCAUGGACCCUGUAUGGACUAGUUGCUUCACAGUUUGGAGACAUAGAAGAACAGAUGGACAUUGGCUAUCGAGUGAAGGACUUCUUAGAUGAGCACUUUGGGUAUAACCAUGACUUCUUGGGGUGGAUUUUUGCAGCGCUUGUUGGGUAUGCUGUGCUCUUUGCAUUGGUAUUUACCAUUGCAAUUAAGGUAAUUAACUUCCAAAAACGAUGAAAAAUCAUCUAUUCAUCAGUAAGCAGCCCCACAAGAACUUCCAAGAGAAACAUAAUUGGUGCUAACUGAUUUAGCUACAUAUCUUGCUCACAACUGAGCCUAAAGGUUUCUGGAAAACAAGACCAGAGCGGGACGAUGGUAGCGAUACAACUAUGGCGUAAAUUGAUCAUAA